UUCACGAGCGAAUGUUGUCGCUAAAGGAAAGUCACACGUGCAAGUGGAUUGGCGUUAACUAAUAACUGAGGACCUAUGUACCGAAGGAUUUACACUAGCUGUCACAAGUAGGAGGAACAGCAACACACCUUAAAUUGACGUUUUUAUAGCUCACUGAUGGAAACGACGCUGAACGUUAUGCUUGCUGAAGGCACAUCAAUAUUCAGACAUACCAUAUAGGCCUAGGUCUACGUCCUAUGCAUAACCAGCCCACGCCAACCCCUCCUAUAAAGAUGUUUUUGUGAAUGACUGUGGAUCUUGGCAAUCUCAAAUGUUAUUUUUCUUAUUCUUGUCAUGUUAUUGUAGACUUGAUUACCGUUUUACUUAUUAUUUUUCAUUUUCAGAAAAGUUGUCCCCUGUUGUCACUGUGGGAGAAUCUUCUGGAAAACCCUUUUUUGGCUCCAGACCCUUUUUUCAAGUUGUUUUGGGAUUGUAAACGUGGAUAAAUUUAUAUCUGGCAAAAUAGUGGUCAACGUACCGGCAUUACACGUUGAAAGUACAAGGAUGUUAUGCGGCAUUCCACAUUGUUUGCCUACGUGAAAGGCUUGGUUUUCAAAACUGUGCUGUACAUACUUUAUUGCACAUUUUGGUGAAGCUGCUGCCCUUUUGUUGCAAAGGUGCCUACACAUUGUGUUAUCAAGUUCAAAUUGUAUAUGUGAGGCUAUAAUUCACAUAGCUGCUGUCCACUGUCGUGUGUGUGCGUGUAUGCAUGCACUAUCUCCUGUUUAAAUUUGUAUGUGUUUUGGCUCACUGUCACACUGGGAGUUUGUCAUUCCAGCGUCACAGGAGCGUUGCACAAUUGCCCUGUGUUGAAAGGCAGGAGUGAGGCCUCAUAGUGUGUGCCCUAUCCGGCAGUAAUUACUAUAGAGGACGGCUGGCACCACUGCAAAGGGGUGGGAGGGAGAAGGGAGUUCUCAGACCUUCCCACUGGUGACCCAGAGGUUGCGCAAUGCUCCACGCCUCAAACAACUCUCUUUGAGCUGGAGUCACAAAGGGGAGACACACAUGACCAGCUCUUCUCGGCAAAGAAAGCUAUAUUCUGGUGGAGGUUGAGUGGUUGGUUGGGUUUUUGUUAAUGACGCUUUGUUUUGUAGUUAACUUUACCCUUUUUAUGAAAUCAGGCAAAUACAUUAUUUUGUGACAAUGUAUCCUUACUAGGUAUGCUAACAGUGGAGGAGCAUGACUUUUGUAUUGGUUCGCUGAGCAGGUUGAUGGAUUGUGCUCAUAUCUGUGGGGCUGUGUACCUCACAGACCUACCUUUUCUCUGAGAGCAAAAGCUCAAGUCUGGCCCUCAGCAUGUCUGGGGCCCAGCCUUACCACUGGGGACCGCAACAUGAUGGUAACAGCAUGUGCUUUGACUUGGGUAUUGACAGCAUGGAACACAACCGGAGAGAACUUCAGCAGCAACAACAGGUUUCAGAGGGAUUUGAGAGCAGGCUCCCUCCCCACUUACCAAUGUAUCAGAACCUUCAUCACUUGGCCUCCAACAUACCAUGUCUCCCUAAGGGGGACCAGGUGGUCCCGUCCUUCCAGAGGUUAACGGUGUAUGAGCAUGGUCAGCCAUACAUCCCCUGUAGAGACCCCAAACCCCUCCCUCCUCUUCCAGACCCAGAGGAUCUCUCAUCGGAUGAGGCAGCGGAUGGAGAAGUGGAGUUUUUCACAGAUGAAAGACGCCACCUACUGCCUAAAAGCUGCCUUAAGUCUUUUGCCCUGCGCCAUGGUGGCCCAGGACGCCGUAGCUUCAGAGGCUGUGGCCAGACCAACUAUGCCUACCAUGAAGACCAGGUUGUAGAUGGCAGCAGUGGAGCUAAUUAUGCCACCAGCAGUUGGGCUAACAAUAGAGCUAAAUCUGUGGUUACCAUAGAGACAAGUGGAGGGACAAGCAGUAGUCCUAAGGUUGGAUCAAGCAAUGGGGGUAGCUUUGGAAUACAAGGACAGUGGUCCCAGAUACAGAAGGGAGAGCAGGGGAUGGCAGCAGCCAGGGUCGUCCCCCUUGGGAAGCAGCCAGACCGCACCCAACGUGCCAAACUGCGUCGUUCUCACUCAGAAAGACGCCUCGUAAGCCACCACCAUCACCAUGCUCACGGCAAUUGCAGAGACAACACCCAAGACAAACCUGAGGUACCUCCACGUGUUCCUAUCCCCCAACUGCCCUUAAAGAGCACCACCACUGACUCUUCUACCGACUACCAUGACAAGGACAAGCCUCCCAAAGUACCACCUAGGGUCCCUUUGCAGCCCAGUGUCCCACCCCGUACUCCCAGCCCCAAGAGCCUCCCUAUCUAUGUCAACGGGGUAAUGCCCCCCACUCAAAGCUUUGCUCCCAAUCCCAAAUACGUCAGCAAGGCCCCUCAGAGAUUGCCUCUGCAGAGCGAGGGGGCAUCUUCCGCAGAUAUGCAAUCCCCCUGUAUUGUGCCCAUCAUGGAGGGUGGAACAAAAUCCAGCACCACACACUACUUUCUUCUUCCUCGCCGUCCGGCCUACAUGGACAGGCUCGAAAGGUUCCUCAAGGAGGCAGACAGUGAGUCUGCCGGUGGUGCAUGUUGCUCUGAGUGGGGUUGCCAGAAUGAGCAUAAGCACCCUCUACCGUUGAUCUAAAGCCUCAGGAAACUCAAAGAAUUACCCUAUUCUCCCUCAGUCUAAGGGUAAAAACACUUACAAAAACUAAAUAAACCUCCAUCUGUGAUGUAACAAUCAUUUAUAUCAUAGAAUGAGAUUUGAAGUCAAGAUUUUAUAUUGUAUUGAUUUAUGGUGAGUUUUCAACAGUUAAUAUAGUCAGUCUCCAUAUUGACACAAUCUAAUAAAAAGUGUGUUAAAGGGUAAAGUGAUAAUUUUCUAGUCUCCUUUGAGCUUUUCAAUAAUACAAUAAUGACCCGACGUGCUCAGAUUUCACUCAUCGACGUAGCCAUUAUCACGGGGCUGAAGUAAAGUUAGUCUCAGGUUGGAUAUUCCACAGAUAUUCCCCAUUAGAUUUCCUUACAUUCACUAACAGAAGUUAGGGACAAAGUUGUUUUAUUAAAAUUUCAAUAGCUCUUUAUCCAUUACUCCUAAAACUUAAUGACACUGGCACACCCUUUGAUUUGUCAAUUUUCAUCUCACAUUGUUAUACAAAAAGUCUUAACAUUUUAAUUUCAAUUGCUCCUUGGUCAAGUGACCUUCAAACCUCAAACUAUUUUCAAACUAUCCGUGAAUAUAUAAUGCAACCCCAUUAGAUUGUCAAUUUGCUGGUGUGUUGGUUCAGCAGACAUUUAAUAAGGGAUAUGGUGCCGAUUUAAAAGUCUUAUAUUAAUAUAACUAAACCCCAAAACUAUUUUAAGAUCACAUUUAAGAUCACAUGGUUUCGGCCCAGAAUUUUCAUUUUAAUUCAUCACUACCCAAACCAAUAAGUAUACUUAUCACAUCACACAGCUCUAUGCUUCGAACAGCUGGUCUGUUAUUGAAUGUUAACUCAUUAUGAAAACGUUUCCAAUGUCUAGUGCAGUCUGUACAUUGUUGUAAAUGUUUAAAAUAUUGAUGUACGAUUUUCUUUAAUUGAAGGUGAAUUUUUGCUUUACUUUGGACUAAUUUAACCUCACCCUUACAGUAUUUUGAAUGUCAGUUUGUGUAAGACGGAAGGAGAAAUAGUUCUUUGAGUAUCAGUUAGACAUGCUUUUACCAGGUAACUAAGUAAACAAUAACUAUGUGUAAUGGUUACUGAAGUUGUGUUAUGUAGUAAUUGAGUCCCUGUAGAAGCAAGAGUUGCUUUUUUAUGUUAAUGUCCAGAUUUAUGUGAUGCCCUUGUUAUAUUUAUGAAGCUGUGUCACUAUUUGGAAAUUGUUUUCUAUGUAAAAGUGCUGUUAUUUCAAGGGUGGUUUGUCACAGUAUUUAAAGUGUUUUUUGUGUUGGAGUGAAAUUUGUGAUUAUGUAUUAAUCUAUUUAUAGAAAUUAAAUAACUUAUUUGAACUGCU